AUACUAUCAGGGUUUGCAAAGGUGCAGAAAUCAACUGCGACUGCCGAACUUCGGGCCCCGACAAAGGAGGCCCGCAAUGUUAACAACUAGUAGUUAACACUCGCACCACUAGUCCAACUUAUAAUCUGACUGCCCUUGGCGACGGCGGCCGGCACGAAAGGAAUGGUGCGCCUCCACGAGCUCUCGCUGGGCGAUACGUUCGAGGACUUGUUGGUUGAGGUCUGGCAGCUGGAAGGCGUGGAUGCCGCCAGCAAGCCGCGGGACCCGGUGUACUCGGCCGUUGUGCGCGACCCCUCCGGCUACUGCCGCCUCAUCUACCGCGCCACCAACGCCUGCAAGCCCAGCGCGGUCAAGAAGGGGAAGUUCUACCGCGUGUCUGGCAAGGUGAGCAGCCACCGCGGGCGCAUGCAGAUCCAAAUCGGCAGCUCAUGGGGCCGCGUGGAGAAGGUCAACGGAGAAGAGUUCGUGUGCAACCUGCCGCCGCCCGGCCCCGAGACCGACAUGUCCGCCACUGAGCGCUGGUUCGCAACGCUGGUGCUGCACCUGCCGCCGCCACCACCACCACCUGCUACAGCCGCUACAGCCUCGGGCGGCGCGGCAGCUGCCAGGAAGCUGCGUGCCUUCAUCCUGCCGCCCAACCAGCCGCAGCAGGGGCAGCAGGGCGCGGGGGUGGCGCAGCUGAGCAACCGCGGCGCGGGCGGCGGCGACCCCGUGGCUCCGGGGCCGGGGUCGGCGGGGCUGCUGCCGCCGCCGGGCGGGGUGCCGCUGCCGGCGGCAACGGCGGGGUACGUGGAGACGGAGCGCGGCGCGGCGCACAGGGCCCUGCGCGACGUGCUGCGUGUGGCGCCGGACGCGGUGCGGCUGCUGCCGCUGCCGCCGCUGCUGCACGUGCGGCCCGCGGCACCCGGAGUUGCGGGCGCCUGUCCGGCCGUGUUCCACGUCUUCACCGCGGUGCUACACGCGCCCGAGGACGACCUCAAGUUCGUGUUCGGCGAGCCCCGCGGCGGCGGCUGGGUGGAGCUGGAGCAGCUGCAGGCUGUAGCAGCUGACGGCAGCAGCAGCGGCAGUAGCAGCAAUGGGCUGGCAGGCCGCAUCCCGGCCGAGUGGCGGCCCACGCUGGCGGCGGCGGUGGCCCAGGCACGGGCGGCGGCGGCGACGGGGCUGUUGGACCUGCCCUUGGCCGCCUUCCCCCGCGCGCCGGCGGCUGCUGCUGCGGCGGCGGCGGCGGCGCUGCCUUCGGCGGCGGCGGCAGCGGCAGUGCCUGCGGCGGCGGCCUCUGCGGCGGCGGCGCCUGCGCCGGUGGCUAUGGCGGCCGCCGCGCCGCAGAAUGUUCAGCCUGCUCAGGCAGAGGAGGCGAAGGUGGAGACGGAGGCGGAGGCGGCUGCCGCGACGCCCGCUGCAGCUGUGGUCGCAGCGGAAUCGGCAGAUAGGGCUGCUGUGGCGCCGCCGGCGCCUGCCGCCGCCGCCGCCCCCACCGCCGCCGCCGGCUCUGGGUCUGCCGGCAGCAAGUCGCUCCUGCCUGUGACGCUGCUGAGUGGCUUCCUGGGUGCGGGCAAGACCACGCUGCUGCGACACAUCCUCACACACAGAGAGCCCGGCAUGCGUGUGGCGGUGGUGGUGAACGACAUGGCCGAACUCAACAUUGACGCCGCGCUGGUCGCACACACCUCCCUCUCCGCCGCGCCCACCGCCGCCCCCGACCCCCACACCACCACCUCCACCUCCGGCUCCACCACUUCCUCCACACCUCGAAUCAAGGGCGUGCCCAUUCCAGGCUUUGCCGGCGGCGCCGCCGGCGGCGGCCUGGCGGCGGCGGCGCCGGAGCGGCUGAUCGAGCUGCACAACGGCUGCAUCUGCUGCACGCUGCGCGGGGACCUGGUGGCGCAGGUGGCGGAGAUCGCGGCGGACGGGCGGUUCGACUAUUGCGUGGUGGAGAGCACAGGCAUCGGAGAGCCCAUGCAGGUGGCGGAGACGUUUGAGUUCCCUCUGGACGGCUCCGACCCCGCCGCCGCACUGGCACUGGAGGCCGCCGCUCAGGCCCGAGCCGCCGCCACUGCUGCUACUGCUGCUACUGCUGACGGCGCCGCUGCUGCUACUGCUGCUGCUACUGCUACUGCCCCUCGGCGGCUGGCUGACGUGGCCCGGCUGGACACGUGUGUGACGGUGGUGGACGCGGCUAACUUGCUGGACAACCUGCACAGCUUGGAGACACUCAAGGACCGCGAGGCGGGCGAGAAGGUGCACCAGCACGGCGGCGGACACAGGGCGGGGCCGCCCGCACGGGCCAAGGCCGCCGCGGCCGCGGCCGCAGCCGCCGCCGCGUCAGCAGCAGCCUGUGAUCAUGAUCACGAUCACGAUGAGGGCUGUGAUCACGAUCACGACCAUGAUCAGGAUCAGGAUCACAACCAUGAUCAUGAUCAUGAUCAUGAUCAUGAUGAGGAGGACGCGGAGCUGGAGCGCAAUGUGGCGGAUCUGCUUCUGGACCAGUUGGAGUUCGCGGACGUCAUCCUGCUCAACAAGGUGGACACAGUGCCGCCCGCCGAGCUGCCUCGGCUGUUGGCGCUGGUGCGUGCCAUCAACCCCUCCGCCCGCCUGCUGCCCACCCGCCAGUCGCGUGUGCCGCUGGCCGAGGUGCUCAACACGGGCCGGUUCAGCCUGGAGCGGGCGCGGGAGGGGGCGGGCUGGCUCAAGGCCAUCCGCGAGGGCACCGACCUGGUGCCCGAGACGGCCGAGUACGGCAUCACCAGCUGGGUGUGGCGCUCGCGCCGCCCCUUCCACCCCGCCCGACUGCACGCGCUGCUGAGCAAGCACUGGGUGCUACAGCAGCCCGACUGGUCGGAGGCGGACGGAGGGCAGGGAGGCAGCGCGGGCGGGGGCGGGGGUCAGCAGGAGCAGGAGCAGGAGAAUGGAGAGGAGGAGGAGGAGGAGGAGGAGGAGAAGGAGGCGGGGGAGGUGGUGAGCGAGGAGGAGGGCGGCGGCAGCGGCGCGGGAGCGCUGGUGACAAAGCAGGUGGGCGCCGCGGCGCGCGCGGCACAGCAGGCCGCGGCGGCCCUCGUCAAGGCCCUGUCCGCGGCGGCGCCGCCGCCGGCUGCAGGCAAGCAGAACACGAAGGGUGGCGAGGCGGCGGCGGCGCUUCAGGCUGUGGCAGGCGCCGCCGCGGCGGCGGCGGGCGCCGCCAGCGCGGCGGCGGGUGCCGCCAGCGCGGCGGCAGUCGCGGCGGCGGCAGCCGCCGCCGCCGCGGCCACCGCCGCCGCCUCCCUCGGCUCCGGCUCCACCUCCUCCUCCACAUACCGCUCGUCCAAGCCGGAAACGCCUGCCCUGCCGGCGGCGGAGCCGCCGGCCGCCUCCGCCGCCGCCGCCACGCCGGCGGCGCCGGACCCGGCGGCGGCGGCCGCUGCCUCCGCCGCCCGUACGGCCUCGUACGGGCAGGUGCUCCGGUCCAAGGGCUUUGUGUGGCUGGCGGGGCGGGACGAUCACGUGGGCGAGUGGAGCAGUGCGGGUAACCUGCUGAGGCUGGGCACGGGCGGGCCCUGGUACGAUGUACUGCCCAGGGAGGCCUGGCCCACGGACCCGGCCCAGGUGGCAGACAUCAUGAAGGACUUCCAGCCACCCAUUGGCGACAGGCGCCAGGAGCUGGUGUUCAUCGGCAUCGACAUGAAGCGGCCGCAGCUGGAGGCGGCGCUGGAGGCGUGCCUGGCCACACCGGAGGAGGAGCGGCUGCUGGCGGCGGCGGCGGCGUGGAGGGCGGACGCGGCCAAGGCCCGGGCCAGGCGGGGCGGCGGCGGCCUGGCGGUGCCGGAUGAGCUGGACCCCUUCCUGCCCUGGCCCGACAUGGAGGACAUCAUGGAUGCCGGCGGCGAGGACGCCGAGGACGACGGGCAUGAUCACGAUCACGAUCACGACCAUGACCAUGAUCACAAACACUGCGAGGAUCUGGAUGACGAGUUGGAGGAGCUGGAGGAGGAGUACGAGCAGCAGGCGGCGGCACGCCGGCGCAAGCAUCAGGAGCAGGCGGAGGAAGAGGAGGGGGAGGAGGAGGAAGAGGGGGAGGAGGAGGAGGAGGACGGCUGCUUCUGGGAGCCGGGAGCGGUGUAUGAGCUGGAGGGCGGGGCGGCGGAGCUGCAGCAGCUGCUGGAUGAGACGGAGCAGCCCGCGGUGGUUGUGUUGUGGCACGCGCCCUGGGCGGUGGCCAGUCGGGAGGCGGAGGCGGCGCUGGAGGCGCUGGCGGCGCGGCAGCAGCAGCUGGUGUUUGUAAAGUGCGACCUCACGGCAUCGCAGGCCAACGAGGCGCUCGCCACCCACGGCCUCAAGCUGGUGGCACCGCCCGCCGGCCGCCGCGCCGACGCCCGGCCCACGCUGCGCCCGCACGCCGGCUUCAGCUCCGGUGAGGGCGGCGGCGGCGCGGCGCCCAAGUGGCCGGCCCUCAGCCUGCAUGGGCCGCCCGCGCUGAGCCCCGAGGCGCUGUUCGCGGGGCCCACAGCCGUGGCGGACCUCAGGGCUGAGAUCUCGCGCCGCCAGGCUGACUGGGCAACGUCCGCGCCCGCCACCGCCGCCGCCGCCACCGCGGCGCCCAUGACCGGCCGCGGCAGGAUCGCCUCCAUCGCCGCACUUGCCGCUGCCGCACCUGCCGCCGCCGCACCCGCCGCCGCCCCUGCUGCUGUGUCUGUGUCGGAGCUACAACGCGGUGCCGCCGACCUGAAGACACACCUGCAGGCCGCGCGGGAGGCCGGCGGCGGCGCCGGCCGCCCGCUGGUAGUGGCCUGGCUCUCCGCGCCCCCCGCCGCCGCUGCCGCCACUGAGGGCGGCGCCGCCGUUGACGCCGCCGCGCUGCGGCAGCAGCUGAUGGCGGCGGUGGCGGCGGCGCCGUGCCGGCCGGCGCUGCUGCUGGCGGAGGCGGGUGGCGGCGCUGCGCCCGCCAACCGGGCGCUGGCGGAGGCACUGCGGGUGGCGGCGGCGCCGACGCUGCAGCUGUAUGUCGACAUGAAGAUGCUCAAGUCCUUCAAGAGCGCAGGCGCGGUGGAGAAGCUGGCGGCUGCGCUGGCGGCGCUGCCCCCGGCCGCCGCGGAGCCUCACGCAAGCCCCGCCGCCGCCGCUGCGGCGCCCGCCGCCGCUGCGGCGCCCGCCGCCGCUGCCGCGGCUGCAGCCAGCGAUGCGGGCCCCUCGACGUCUGGCGGUGCGACGGCGGCGGCGGCGGCGGCGGCGGCGCACACGCCGAGUAUGUACGACCCGCCCACAGGCAAGUACGGCCGGCCCGGCACCUACAAGCAGUUCGGGCCCCGCGGCCGUGCUGUGUACUGGCCGCGUAUGCCCUGCCUGCGCUGCGGCUGCCCCUGGUGGCUGGGCGAGGACUGGGACGCGGAGUGCGUGCGCUGCGGCUGGGACUGCGAGGCGGACGGUUACGACGACGACUCCAACCCCCUGCCCGCCUACAAGGCCAAGUACGAGGCGUUCAGUGCGGCAGUCAGGGCCGGGCACACGCCGGCCUGGCGCGGCAGGCACCUUGGGCCGCGGGACUAGGGGCUGGGCGGCGGGAUGAGGGCUGAGGUGGGGGGAGGAAGGCAUUUGGGGGGUGGGGAAGUGCCGAAGUGGGUUUUGUGCGGAAUGAGGAGUGUUUGGUUGGGGGCAUGGGGUGGUGGUGUCUGUGGGAUGCGAGGGCUGGGGUGCUGGGGAGGAAGUUAAGGGUUAUGGUUUCUCACCUUUUUGCAUCCCGGGGAUUCUACAGGAAGGGUGUUUAGCAAUAGGUGCGGACAGGGGAUCGGAUUGGGAGAGGAGGGGGAGGGGAGGGGCGAGGGCAAGCGUGCCGAGCGCGGGCUAUUACUCAGGCCUGGCCGUGGAUUUGGCGGGGCGGUUGGCUAGGAGAGGUGGCCGACACGGGUGGCCGAGGACCGUAUAAUUUUGGGCCGAGGACCGUAUGAGCGUAUCCACCCCGUAUCCAC